AUUGACGAAAUGACUGACGUGAAUGUAGAGCACCUGGAAUUUGGUCGGUCAGCUACAGUGCUGUGCUCUCCGCGGCUCAGAAAACACGCUACGAUGGGCGUAUGGCAAAUCCAGGUCAAUAUAUAAUAUAGUUUUUAUACUAACGCCGACGGGGCCUCGCCUCUACAACAGAGAUCACCUUCUCAACAAACGACCUCGCACUUCAAGGACCGAAAAGCCACGGUUUUGGGUGUUUCUUCACUAACGUUAAGCCGACUGAAACGCCAACACACUCGUGCUCUUCUGCUUCAGUACUCUGGGAUACGAAUAAAAUGACCGUUUGAUUAUUCUUUUUCGUCUUUCGCCUCUACCUCCUCUUUCGGUUUGUCAUCCAUUCCCCUCCCCUCGGCCAGUCCAUGGAUUCUACUAUGGUGGAUUCAAAUGCGACGAGGAGGACUCUUGCGGUCCCGGACGUAAAACCAUCGGAUCAGUACGAUUUUACUCGAGCCAAAAUAUGUGCUAGUCUGGGAUGGCUUCUGGCGAAAGCGUACGGAACUGCAGAGAAUGUUCCGGAGGACCUGCGAGACCCCUUCUACACCGACCAGUACGAGCAGGAGCACAUGAAGCCGCCGGUCACGCGCUUGCUGCAGUCCUGCGAGCUGUACUGUCGCGCCUACGGCCGGCUGCACGCGGCCGGGGCCCGCCCCGAAAACGCGGGGCCCUGCCGGGACGCCGCCGCCCUCCUGAGCCUCCUCGCCGGCCGCGGCGCGUCUCCUAGAGACCAGGACGCCAUGGUGACGGAGGCCGACCUGCGAGGCAAGCCAAUCAGAAUGAGUGCCCACCUGGCAGUGAUUGACUCACUGAUGGCGGUGGGCGCCAUGGAGACGGUGAGCACAGCGAAGAUUCCGCGCGGGGCGGAGCAGCUGGGGAGCAGGGCAGGCUGGGAGAACGCCCUGCUGUACUGGGUGAAUCGGGUGAAUCAGAAAUUGAGGGAUAUCACAGAGAGUACGGCCAGUACAGACCUGCAGUCCAGCCAGCCUUCUUGUCCUUCCCGUUGGUACUGGAAACUGGUCCCUGGCCGGUAUAAGAAGGAUAAGCUGCUAAACCGGCAGGCCUCUGCGUUGCCGUUGGUAACGGGAGUGAAGGACCUCUCGGAUGGGGUUGUCCUUGCAACUGUCAUCCACUUCUACUGCCCAACCCUGCUGAGCCUGGAGGAGGUUUGCGUGAAGGACACUAUGCUGGAAGCAGACAGCAUGUUUAACUUGCACCUUGUGCAGAAGUUCUGUGACACUUUCUUGGACAACUGCUGCCCCCUAGUGUUGGAGGACCUGCUGUACAGCCCGCCAAUUCUCAGGGUGAACAUCAUGAGCUUGGUGGCGGAGCUCCUGCACUGGUUCGAGGUCUGCAAGCCAGACUUUGUCCAACCCCUGGAAGCCCUGGACCUGGCAGAUACCUCAGAGCUGAGCAACUACGCGAUGCCCAGCGGCGGGACCAACAACAGUGCCCCUCCUUCCAUCUUCAACCAGCCUUUCCUGCCUAUCUCAGCGAGCACGCCAGGCUCCAUUACACAGUCUACCUCAUUGUCAGAUGUAGGAACAAGCCGAACAUGGACCAAGAAGCCUUUCAGUCGUCCGCUCUCAGGGGUAUCCUUCAGUAUUCCCUUCGGCCUGGACAGCGAUGUGGACGUUGUCAUGGGCAACCCGGUGGGGGCGGUGCCCCGCUCGGUCAGUUCGGACAACCUGCCCCGUGUCCCCUACAGCCCCUCCGAGGACCUCGCCCCCCUGGUCGGCAAGACCCCCGGGGCCCCCGUCCCCCACAACGGGCCCCUGUCCCAGCAGCGCGCUGCCUGGGGGGCCCAGCCCAGCCCCGCGCCGCACGGGGAGGGGGCGGAGCUACCCACCAUCGAGGAGGCGCUGCAGAUCAUCCACAACGAGGCCAAGCUGGAGCCCCGCCUCCACCCGGAGGGCGCGCCCGACGGCUUCUACCUGCACUCCCCCGACGACUCCGCCCACCUCAGCAGCUCCGCCCCCUCCCGCGCGGGGAUGCUGUACCGGCCGGGCGGGGCCGCCCGGGACCGGGACCGGCACGCCUCCGACGGCUCCCGCGACGACGACUCCGUCCUGCGGGACGGCAGCGUGGACUCGGACGCCUCCGAGGACCUGCCCAAAGCGCAGUCCAGCCCGACCACGCCCGCCUCCACCCGCUCCGCCCCGUCCACGCCGGGCUCCUCCCGGGGGCGGGACCAGCCCGACAGCGGCGUGAAGAUGACCAGCUUCGCCGAGCGCAAGAAGAAGCAGCCGCCGGCCGCGCCCGCCGGCGUCGCCCCGGGCGACGGCCCCGCCCUGAACACGGAGGUGACGGAGCUGGGGGCGCGGCUGGAGGAGAGGAGGCGGGCCAUCGAGGCGCAGAAGAAGCGGAUCGAGGCCAUCUUUCAGAAGCACCGCGAGCGUCUGGGGAAGAGCGCCCUGCUGCAGCUGAAGAAGCAGCAGGGCGAGGGCGGGGCCAGCGAGGGGGGCGGGGCCACCGAGGAGGCCGAGGAGGACCAGCGCAGGCUCUCCCUGGAGGAGCGGCUGGCGCGCAUCGAGGACGAGGAGCUGCAGGACGAAGGCCCCGACAUGGCUGGAGAGGAAGGGGCGGAGCCUCUGAGGAGAGAGAAAGGGGUGGGAUCGGGGGAGGACGAGUCGGAGGACAAGGGGGCGGGGCCGAAGGAGAAGGGGGCGGCGCCGCUGGGGGACUAUAACAACGCGGUUUCGCAGCUGUCGGCGGCACUCAGCUCUCUGAAGAGCGACAUGCAGCGCCUGUCCCUGCAGCAGAACCAGCUGAUCCGCAAGAAGACCCCGUCCGGCAACAAGGCCUGGGUCAUCCCCGCCAGCCCCAAAUCCCCCACGGCCGCCACGCCGCCCCCCCGCCUGUCCCGCGAGUCCACCCGCGACCUCCCCUCCCACUCCCCGUCCCCCUCCCGCAAGGCCAGCUACGCCACGCCCCCCAAAUCUCCCCAGGUGUCCCACCGCCGGGCGCAGUCGGCCCCCCCCAAGAGCCCCAAGCAGGCCCACGGCCGGCAGCUGGACCUGCGGGUGCCCCCCCUGACGCGGGUGCUCACCCCCUCGCACAACGUGGACAGCAUGCCCCGCCUGCGCAGGGUCACGCCCGGGCAGUGCCAGGUGCAGACCACCUCCACCUUCAGCAUCGGGACGCCCCGCCCCGCCCCCGCCCCCGCCCCCGCCCAGGACAGCGCCUCCGAGGCGGGCUCGGGCGAGGACCUGGAGCUGGAGGGGGGCGCCCUGCGGACGCCGGGCGGGGCGGGGGGCAGCUCCGGCGCCCCAUCCGAGUGCUCCUUCGAGAGCGACGUCCCCGCGGCGUUCGGCGGGAACCGCGGGAGCCUGAUCGAGAUCCCGCUCGCCUCCCUGCGGGGGGGCCACGCCCACGACCCCGACGACGCCGACGCCUUCUCCGACUCCAUGAGCGACCAGAUGGAGCCCGACACCAGAGGAGGGGUCGGCUUCUUCUUUAAGGAUGAAGCGCGACCGGAGGAUGAGAUGGCUCAGCGCAGGGCUGCUUUGCUGGAGAAACAGCAGAAGAGAGCGGAGGAGCUGAAAAGAAAGAGGGAGCUGGAGAGAGAGUCCAGGCCCUCCUCUUCGGAAGAGCGGCCCGGGACCCCCGGCACGCCCCCGCCGCCCCGCACCCCCCCGGCCGAGGCCACGCCCGUCCGGCGGGGGGACUUCACCAGGCAGGAGCACCAGCGCCGACACCAGCUGAAGAUCAUGGAGGACCUGGACAAGGUCCUGAGGCAGAAGCCCACCACCGUGCGCGGCGUCAAGAAGCAGAGGCCCAAAUCGCUCUUCCGCGAUGACUCCGCCCUCUCCCGCAGCCCUGCCAAGGGCUUCAUGGGCAAUAAGAUGAAUAAGGUCUACUCCCACUCCUCCCACAACCUCUCCUCCCUGGCCAGUGACAGCACCAACACCGGAACUCUGACCGUCAGAUCCUCCCCCAGCCGGUCCCAUUCCCCUGCCAGGCUAAUGUCUCCUAGCCGGCUGUCCCAUCAGAACGGGGACAGGGAUUGGGACCUCGCCUCCACCGUCUCUUCCACUGCAUCCAUCCCAGAGUACCACGGGCCUAAGCUGUACAAGGAGCCGAGCUUUAAGUCCAACAAGUUCAUCAUCCAUAACGCCCUGUCCCGCUGCUGCCUGGCUGGGAAGGUCAACGAGCCGCAGAAAAACAAAAUACUGGAGGAGAUGGAGAAGUGCACGGCCAACCACUUCCUGAUCCUGUUCCGGGACUCCAGCUGCCAGUUCCGGGCGGUGUACGCCAUGAACCCGGAGACGGACGAGAUGGUGCUCGUGACGGGCGUCGGGCCGCGCGUCAUCGCCGUGGAGACGGUGGAGUCCAUCUACAAGUACAGCUCGGACCGCAAGCAGUUCACCGCCAUCCCGUCCAAGACCAUGUCCAUGAGCGUCGACGCCUUCACCAUCCCCGGGCACCUGUGGAAGAGCCGGCGGCCGGGCACGCCCAAAAGACCCGGCACGCCCAAAUAACCCCCCCGCCCGCGUUCUCCACCCCGCACGGGACGGCCCCUCCCCCGGCCUGCGCACGGCGACGCCCGCCCGCCCCCCUCCCCCCACCACCCUCAGCUCUAAGAUUGCUUUGGGACUGUUGGACUGCAGAGAUAUAAAUGGCCACCAGAGGGCAGCGUUCAUAUUAGUGCCAGUUUACUUUCUUUGCUAACCCCCCCCCCAUCCCAUACUCACCCAAUGAAAUGACUUCUAAUCAGUGACAGUCUGGCACUGAAACAGAUGUAGUUGACGAGCCGGUCGCUGAAGGUCAAAACAGGAAGUGAAGAACACUGAAGCCCUUUAAACCCGGCGCCCUAUGGGAUCGCCCCCCCCCCCCCCAUCUAUGACGGCCCCCGCCUGGGGCCUUAGAGGAGCAGGAGUGGGGGGGUCAAGGAUCAAUUAAGGCCACACUGAAACGUCCUGGAGAAUGACAAUUGGCUCCGCCCCCAUUCCGCUGAACACGCCCAGGCCCCCGGGCGGGGUGUGUCCGGUCACUGCCUUCUUUUUUUUUUACGGUGUCCUGAUCUACUGAUCUCAGAUCAGUUUCACUGCCCAGCUGCCCUUCCUGCGCAGGGUCAGGCUCUGCCCCCCCCCCCGAGCUGAUCCCAGAACAGUUAAAACACGCUGGUGUGAUUUUUUUAUACACGCUCGUGGACGGUACAAACCCUCAGUGGCCUUCGGGGGGGAACUUCGGGGUUCAGCUCACUCUCUUGUACGACUGCAGGACCGUUUGAUAUCGUUUAAGACUGAAUCCUGAUUUUCUUCCCUUCCCUGGCGUUAGCUUGUUUUUGUUUUCGUUUUCUUUCCUUUCCCAGGGAACAGAACUCUGUAGCGUUUCUGUGUUUUUCCGCGUAAGCGAAAGUGGAAUGUGAUCCAGCCUUAUGCUGCGUGUAUAACAGGUAAUUACAGAGAAGACGGAUCGUGUACAAAAAAACAAACGAUUGGAAAAAAAUCAAUGAUCUUGUGUAUAUAUAUCUGAGGGCUAUUUACUGAUCAUCCUGUUUUUGUGUCGCCUCUGAAUAUGAUUUAUAUGAAGUGGAGAGUGACCUUGUGCGCUUUGGGCGAGAGCUGCCUGAGCAGGGGAGAGUGAGAGAGACAGAGUGUGUGUGUGUGUGUGCGCGUGUGCGUGCGAGCGAGUGUGUGUGUGCACGAGUGUGCGUGCGAGUGAGUGUGUGCUUGCGUGCGUGUGUGUGCGCGCGCGUGUGCGUGCGAGUGUGAGUGUGUGCGUGCGAGUGUGUGUGCGCACGUACGUGUGAAAGUGACUGUGUGAGAGAGAGAGGGAGAAAGAGAGAUGGAGUUAGAGAGAGAGAGAGAGGAUGCAUGGGCAGUGUAUCACACUCGCAGUCUCUGACACAGCUGCUCCAUCCCCACCCACCACACAUACAGCCUGAUCCUGCCCCAACCAUACUCACUGCCAAAUCCUGCCCCUUCAUACACACACUGCCUAAUCCUGCCCCAACCAUACUCACUGCCAAAUCCUGCCCCUUCAUACACACACUGCCUAAUCCUGCCCCAACCAUACUCACUGCCAAAUCCUGCCCCUUCAUACACACACUGCCUAAUCCUGCCCCAACCAUACUCACUGCCAAAUCCUGCCCCUUCAUACACACACUGCCUAAUCCUGCCCCAACCAUAGUCACUGCCAAAUCCUGCCCCUUCAUACACACACUGCCUAAUCCUGCCCCAACCAUAGUCACUGCCAAAUCCUGCCCCUUCAUACACACACUGCCUAAUCCUGCCCCUUCAUACACACACUGCCUAAUCCUGCCCCUUCAUACACACACUGCCUAAUCCUGCCCCAACCAUACUCACUGCCAAAUCCUGCCCCUUCAUACACACACUGCCUAAUCCUGCCCCAACCAUACUCACUGCCAAAUCCUGCCCCUUCAUACACACACUGCCUAAUCCUGCCCCACCCAUUCACACACUGCAUAAUCCUGCCCCAACCAUACACUCAUUGCCAAAUCCUGCCCCGCCCAUACACAUACUGCAUAAUUCUGCCCUUGCCAUACACUCACUGCCUAAUCCUGUUCCACCCAUUCACACACUGCAUAAUCCUGCUCCACCCCAUCCACACACCGCAUAAUCCUGCCCCACUCCAUUCACACACUGCCAAAUCCUGCCCCACCCAUUCACACACUGCCAAAUCCUGCCCCACCCAUUCACACACUGCAUAAUCCUGCUUCAGUAGAAAUGGUGAAGAUGGAGGAAUAAAUUGUGAAUGUUGAGAAGCUCCAGUGAGAGAAACUGAGAUGGAUGUGGCGGAGAGAGAGUCCAAUGACUGCAGAAAGUGUGUGUGUGUGUGUGUGUGUGGGUCCGUGCGUAUGUGUGUGUACGCGUGUGUGCGUGCGUGUGUAUGUAUGUCUGGAUUGAUUCUGUGCAAUUCCACCAUGAGGUCUUGUCUCAUCUGGAGGUAUUUAUUUGGUAAGAAACAAAUGGAAGGGUUUAUGUUUUUGGUCCGUUUUGUUGGAUUUUAUUAUUUAUGUUGGUAAUGGUGUUAUUUUUGUUCAUCUCAUAAAUGUAAUGUCUUCUGACCUGUUGGUCUUGAUUUUCUCUCUUUCGUCAGCCUCCUGUCAGAGUCUUACCCCCCCCAACCCCCUCUUCACUUUCCAACCCUAUUUGUUCAGAAAUUCAGGUCCAUGCUAAAAGACUGGAUCAGAUCAAUAAAAUCAGUUUUAAAUCAUUA